GUGUGAUCAUGUACGGAAGCGUGGGGGCGGCGCCAUCCAUGGAGUGGAGGCCUCCUCAAAUCGUGUCGUACGCGACGUUGGCAGCCAACGUGAUCACUUUUGUCGUUGUCGUGUAUGUUGUCUUCCUCACCAACGAGACCGUGUCCUUGCUGCGGCCAAUGCAGCCUUCCCGCAGCGAUCUCAAUCGACAGGACGCGGGGCGACUCGGCUCUUUGCCACCUUCCAACGGAGACACUCAAGCACCGCACAUCCUUGUCGUACAUGCUGGCGAUGACAACCUGCGUGAGCUUGGCGCGGAAGUCGCACGAGGGGCAAGAACAUUGACACCGCAUGUGCGCGUGUUGCAUGUGGCCAACGCAUCGUUCAGCAGCGACGUGUUGUGGGCAGACGGGGUCCUUCUUGGCUCGAACGUGUACAAUGCCAACGUCGAUCCAGUUUUGAUGCAAUGGAUCAACACGUGGGACAUGCAGCGAGACCUGAGCCACAAAAUCGCUGGCGCAUUUGUCGUGGCCGGUGGCCUCAGCGCCGGCGAGGAGGCGGCUCAGCUCGCUCUGCUACGUUCGAUGCUCGUUCUGCGACUUGUCGUAGUCGGGGGUGCUACCUGGACGAGUGCAUUUGGCGCAUCUGCGGUUGUAGACGAAGGCCCAUACGCGCCGUCGUCUCAGUACCCACCAAUUUGCUUCCCUUCCCGUCCUGCCAACUCGUCGAUCGCCGCGAUCUUCUUGGACAAAGCAUUUGGACUUGGCGUUCGUGUGGCGUCUGUUGCAGCCAAACUGACGCGGUUUUGACACGCCUCAACAUUUUCACGUCGACGCUCCCAUAAUACCAACGCAAUUAUGUUGGCUUCUAUUCCGGUUCCACCCCGCAGUGCGGCAUCGCCGAUGGCGGUCACG